UACAUGAUGUGUUGUUCUGGGUAUAUGGUGGAUUAAGCAUCAGAGGAGGCAUGAGAGACAAUUAUACGUAGCAUGUGUCAUUUGCAGUUCAACCAGAUAGAUACUACACUAUCAAUAUAGACUAUUCAUAAAACACAGGGAAUAGCAUUACCUUGGCUAUGGAUAUACAGACAGGUAAGGAUAUGAAUUCCCCUUCAUGUGUCAAUGACAUAAAUGACAGCUUUGACUGAGAGAGAAGUGAUCUCUGUAAUUAGCCACAUCCAGCCUGUCUGUAGCAGCACCACCAAAACAAGUAUUAAACUCACUGUCAUCACCCAGCUCAGCACAUUUACCUCCCAAUUACUCGGUAUCAGCUCAGUCUCGCUCUUCCUCCUGACAGCUCUCUUUUGCUCAUGAGCCCAUACAUGCAUAAAAUGAUGUUGCAGUCUUUUACAGUAUUUUGCCCUAUUGUCAAACUAUUUGGAAGUAUUUUGAACUGACUUUGUAUCUCUAGAUGCUGGAUCAAAACAGGCGUCUAAAAGCUACAGAUCAUUCUACAGACCUCACAGCAUAAAUAACACACAGGAAUUCGUCAAAUCCACUGGAUGGCGCUGUUUAGCAGAACGGCCCUGGUCGUUGUCUUCGUAUUGGCGCCGCUCGGAGCAGCAACAGAUUCAGAAGAAGAGUCGCCGUCAGAGUGGAAGCAGUGGAAAGAAGCCCACGGAGUGUCAUACGAAGAAGAGAGGGAUGACACUGAAAGACGGGUCAUUUGGGAGAGCAACAGGAAACUGAUUGAGGAAAACAAUGAAAGAUUUCAGAAGGGAAUGUCAGAGUUUACUAUGACAAUGAACAAAUAUGGCGACCUGAAUCGGCAGGAGUACAAGCAGUUGCAGGGAGCUAAGAUCAAUAGCAAGACAGCAAGGAAUGGGAAGACUGUGUCUGCAUGGAAGCUGAGGCUCCAUGCUAAGAAGCUGAGAAAGUCCAGUGUGGACUAUAGGCCACUGGGAUACGUCACUGAAGUUAAAGACCAGGGCUACUGUGGGUCAUGCUGGGCGUUCAGCACUACAGGUGCCAUCGAGGGACAAAUGUUCAGGAAGACAGGCCGACUGGUGUCCUUAAGUGAACAGAACCUGGUGGACUGCUCCAGGUCGUAUGGCACAUAUGGCUGCAGCGGGGCAUGGAUGGCUAACGCCUACGACUAUGUCAUUAGCAAUGGGUUGCAAGCAUCUGACACGUACCCCUAUACCUCUGUGGACACGCAGCCCUGUUUCCAUGACAGGAGCCAAGUUGUGGCCCAAAUUAGUGACUACAGAUUCAUUCCCAAAGGAAACGUACAGGCAUUGGCUGAUGCCUUGGCAACUAUUGGUCCAAUAACUGUUGCAGUAGACGCUGACCACCCAAGCUUCCUGUUCUAUAGCUCAGGGAUCUAUGAGGAGCCCAGCUGUAAUCCAAACAACCUCAGCCAUGCUGUACUCCUGGUUGGCUAUGGUUCUGAGGAGGGCAGGGACUACUGGAUCAUCAAAAACAGCUGGGGCGCAGCCUGGGGAGAGGGAGGCUACAUGCGAAUGCGUCGGAGCAGGAGUAACACCUGCGGCAUUGCCAGCUAUGCGCUCUACCCCAUUGUAUAAAAGCUUUGUACCAUAUAAGGGCUUUGAA